AUGGAGGUCUCCCGGCUGAGGAGGAUGCUGGAGACCUUCGAAGUUGGGCCCUGCGAAAGUGCCCGGCAGAUGGGUUUUCGCAUCGGCCAGAGGUUCUCGCAUCUGAUCAGGAGCAGGGUCGCCGGAGACCAAAUUCUUCAGCAGCAACUCCUUCCCUUCGCAAGAAACCCGCAAGCUCAGCCUCUGAUUCGAUCUCUCUCCUCCGCUAACAGGUGCCCCAGUCCUCCCUGUCGCUCCCUCUCACUCUCUCUCUCUAUAUCUCCCUCAUCAUAUGGGCUCUGGGCAGGGGAAGGUUCCCAAGAUACUGGGACGAGAUGCUGGGGACGGCGGAGGGAAGCGGCGUGUCGGCCCUCGAGGUUCUGCUCUUCUCUCGGGCCAUUCAAUUCCACCGCCCAAACCGGGACUGAGUCGGAUAAUUUCUCUGUAGCUACUGCUGUUGAACUUUCGGAAGGAGAUACUCCCCUUUCUUCCAGACGCAGAGGCGUCUCUGCCAGACCUCUGCAGCGAUGACUGCUCGGAUAUCCUUCUUGCGAGUAGCACGGCGGCGAUUGUCGCCCACAACGAGGAUGCCAAUGUAGCUCUGCAAGGGCACACGUAAUCCUUGCCAUUUCGUUCUCAUCCUCGAGCCAGCGAUGCGGACUCUGAAUCUUAAGCUCUGGGUGACGCUUAUUCACUUUCAGGUACUUGGUUAAGGCGGAGCUGUCGGAUGGGCUGUCCUUCACUGCCUACACAUACGCCGGCGAGAUCCCAAGCUGUGCUUUUGGCUUCAACAGCCAUGGGUUGGUAUAUUCCCUCCUCCCCCUUCCUUUCUCUUCCUCUUUUUGGCUCGGUCGUCAUUAAAAGAGAGAAAAUAAGGGACCUGAGGGAGUAGCCAUGCUCUGACAGGCAUUCACGCUGAAUUCUGUACCACCAACGAGGAAGGAGAUCGUAGAAGGGGGAAUCGGGAGGAACUUCGUAUCCCGGGACUUGCUGGAAGCAAGGAGCCUCGACGACGCAUUGCAGGUUCUGAUCUUUCGUUCUUUCCGACUCUUUUGCUCACCUCUUCCUAGAGACUUCAGGUUCUAGGUUCCAGUUUCCUGCGUUCUGCAGAAACUGCGUCUCUGCGAUGCGUCCGUCGGCCACAGCUACAACCUAGUCGACGUCAGAAACCGCAGAAUCGUCAAUGUCGAGACCGCAUCCCGGAACCGUGUGUCUGUCCACGAAGUCGGAGCGACACCCUUCUUCCACGCGAACCUGUACCGCCACCUUCAAGUAGAUCAGGUGAAUCAGAGGAAGAAGACGGAUGGGGAAAUUAUGAACAGAGGAGGCCUCCGAGUUAUGACCCAGAAGAUGCUUCCUUCUCAGAUGCAGGACGAGAACUCCGCGAAGAGGGAGAAAAGGGCGGCUUCACUCUCGGCUGAGUCGCAGGAGGACAUGCUCUCCCUUCUCGGAGAUUCCACAGAUGAUGAGUACCCGAUCUACAUGACAGGUAGGCUCCUUGGCCAUUUUCAGGAAGGUCUGCCCUCGAAUUCACCUCUGAUGCUGGAGAAAUCUCAGGCCCAAAACUCCACACCCUGUGCACGGCACUGAUAGAUCUGGACAAGAGAACCCUGAGCAUAAUUCACGGGAACCCGAAAGAGGGAGAGGUUUCGCAUGUCUUCGAGAUACGCUAG